CCGAUUCCCAUUGUGUUGCCACUGCGACGUAGCUCGCUUGUUGGGUGUCCGUCCAGGGCCAUCAUUGGCAUCUUGAGCCCUGGUUCGAUCUCGACACAACGGAUAUUUCUGAUAACGCCGAGCUGUCGGACAACUCAAUCAAUACCAUCAAUAGUCUGCCCGAUCCGGGGAGGCCCGGCCCCGCCUUCGGCGCUCGGCGGCCGCCCCCGCUCCGCCGCAGCCGCAGUGCCCCACUUCAUGGCCUCCAGCCUGCCGCUCCACCACACCCCGGCGCCGCCCCGCCGCCCGACGCGCGCAGUGGCUCCGCUUCAGAAACACACGGUGCUCACCGUGCAGGCGGCCGACGCCAGGACCAGGACGCAGGCGCCGGGCGCCCCGAGUAAGCCGCGGCCCGAGCCGAGCCGCCCGCUCUUCGACGGGCUGCAGCUGAUCGUGUACUCGGGUGCCGCGUUGGGAAUCGUCCCGAUCUCUUUCCGGCCUCUGCGGGUGGGCUUCCACCCGGUCCGCUCCACGCUGCCGUACGCGCUGCUGGUGCAGGCGUACACAUGGUGGGGCGCCUUCUUCGAGAUGCCCUGGAUCGGACGCUCUCUCGCUCCCCAAGUCCUGGAGGGCGCGGCGAUCCGCUUCUGGAACAUGCACUCCACGCUGCACCUCGCCGGCUGCCUGAUCGUACUCGUGUUUUGGAUGGAGGCCGGCAACAUCCAGCAGCUCCGCGCCGUGUGCGACUCGCUGCUG